CUAGUAAUGAAUUAUGUUCAAUGAUUGAACAUAAUUUGGCGGUAAUGCGAAUAACGAUACAUGGUGUGUGUAACUCAGAUCAGAUAUUUGAGUGACUGCUUGGUGCCUUUGUUAAAAGUUAAAUAUGGGUAUUACGGGUUUACUUCCAUUCUUAGAAAAAUCUUCGAGAAGAACAAAUAUUAAUGAAUUCAGUGGUGGUACUGUUGCUAUUGACUCUUAUUGUUGGCUACAUAAAGGUGUUUUUACUUGUGCUGACAAAUUGGCCAUGGGACAACCGACAGAUGCAUAUGUUCAUUAUUGUAUGAAAUUUAUAUAUAUGUUACUUAGUCAUAAAAUUAAACCAAUUCUUGUAUUCGAUGGACGACAUUUGCCUGCAAAAGCACUAACUGAGGAUAAACGACGAGAAGCCAGACAAAUUAAUCGUAGCAAAGCAAUUGAAUUAAUAAAAAUGGGGCAACAUGCAGAAGGAAGAAAUUUGUUAAGAAGAUCUAUAGAUGUUACACAUGAAAUGGCUUUGCAAUUAAUUAAACAAUGCCAAAAAAUGAAUAUUGACUGUAUUGUAGCACCAUAUGAGGCAGAUGCCCAAUUGGCGUAUUUAAAUAUUAGUGGAAUUGCUGAUGUUGUUAUUACAGAAGAUAGUGACCUAACAUUAUUUGGUUGCAAGAAGGUAUUUUUUAAAAUGGAUGUAUAUGGUCAUGGUACUUUGGUAGAUCAAGAACAUUUACAUCUUGCUAUGGGUCUGCAGGCAGAACAAUUUAGUAUGGACAGUUUUCGUUAUAUGUGUAUUUUAUCAGGCUGUGAUUAUUUGCCUUCCCUCUCUGGUAUUGGGUUGACUAAAGCAAAAAAAUUUAUUAUGUUAAAUACGGACUGUGAUAUAUACAGGGCUUUAACUCGUUUGGGAUCUUAUUUAAAGAUGAAAUCGUUAGUUGUAACAAAAGAAUACAGAGAUGCAUUUAUAUUAGCAGAUAUUACUUUUAAACAUCAAUUAGUGUUUUGUCCUCUACAAAGAAAACAAGUUCGCUUGAAUCCACCUUCACCCGACAUAACAGAAGAGCAAUUAUAUUAUGCUGGUGUAGAAACAAAUCAAGCUGAUGCACUUCAAUUUGCUUUAGGAAAUUGUGAUCCAUUUUCUUUAGAAGUGCUUCAUAAUUUUGAUCCUGAUAAAGAGGAGAAUCAAAAUAGAUCUAAUGCAUGGGGUCGAAAAUCAGUUCAACUUCAGCAUACUAGUAUUUGGUCAAGAAACUAUCAAUUAAAAGAAAAUUUCAUCGAAAAGUCUCCUCACAAUAAGUGUCAACAAAAGACUGCCAAUAAAGAGAUGAUUCUCCAAACCAAUCGUUUGAGAAGGUCUAUUUUACCACAGCAUGAAGAUAAUACCGAAUGUACAGAGCUGAAUCGAAAUGAAAUUUUAAAUAUCUAUGAAUCUAAGGACAGUAGAAUAGAAAAUAAUUUAGAAACAAACUUAUCUCUUAGUGAACAAGAAACAUCUCCUAUUUUAAUUAAACGAAUAAAUCCUUUCUCUACACAGACAUCCACUGAUAAAACUUCUCCAAGUCUUUUGUCUAGAAGCAGAAGUCGUAUAAAGGGAAGAGGCAAAAUACGUGUUAGAAGAACAAUUAUAAAUGAAAACGUUACUGAAGAAAGUAAAUUCUUUGCUAACACAAGUAUAAAACGUGAUAAUAAUAACAUAAUUGACUGUGAUGCAUUGUAUGCAUCUAGAAAUUCAAAUGAAAUUUUUCAAGAAGAAAGAGAUAGGACGACUGAAGAAAAUAAUGCCACUAAUAACAUUAAUGUUCAAUCCCUAAUAACAACUGACAAAAUGGAUACAGAAUCAUGUUCCAUGGAUAUAGACGAAGAAUGUAAUACAGCAUUUAUAUUAAAUCAGCGCAAUGUUAUUGAUGACUCAAAUAGUUCAUCUAACUUUGAUCUUGGAAAAUCAUAUUUAGAUACUCAAACAAAUGAAUUUGUUUUAAGUGAAGACAACAAUCGAUCAGAUGAUGUAACUAAAUCAUUUACGUCACCAGAAUCUUUUGCAGAUUCUGAUUUCUUAAUUUCACAAGAAAAUAUAAAUACCUCAACUAGUAGUUUAUUUAAAUGGUCAAAUACAAAUAACAAAACCAAACUUUCUAACAGUAAAAAGUCCUCAAAUUCUAGAACUUCCGGUAGUAAAACAAAUACGACAAGCAGUACACGUAGAAGUCAGCAAUUGAGUUCAGUACAAAGGCAAGGUUUAUUGAGCAUGUACGGAUUUGAAAAAAGAAAAUUACUGUAAAAUUACGUCGCACAUGGAGAUUAUUAUAUGUCGAAGAAAGUGUGCUGUGCCAUGUGUUUAAUAA